AUGUUUCAUAUAAAAUCUAUUGAAGCGCAAGAUAUAAAUCAAGCUUAUGAGUUUACAAUCAAUCUGUUUCAACAUCAUUAUGGUACAGAAAUGAAAAGUUAUUUAGAGAAGGAUGAAUUUGAAAGGCUAUUCAAUAUUGACUUUUUAAAAGGCCUACUUCUAAUGUAUACACCUAAGAAUAAUAACAAUAAUCAUAAUAAUUAUAAGAAUACAAAUGAAGGGAUAAAAGACAAGAAGACGACGACAAGUAGACCAAUUGGUUGUAUGAUAUACUUUAUAGAUAUUUCACCAUUACACGGUGGUUAUGGAAUAAUGUUGGAUCAAUUUUUUAUUAUCUCAGAAUUUCGUCGUCAAGGUCUUGGACAUAUGAUGAUGAAUAGACUGUGUAAAGAAGUGAUUGCAAUCAAUGGAAGUUAUAUUAAAUUAUCUUAUCAAGAAGGAAAUGGUUUAGAGAAAUUCUACACCGAUUUAGGCUUUAUAAAUCAUUCUCAUGGACAAUAUGGUUUACAUAUAUUUGAAUUGUACGGGAAAUCACAAGUUAUUGAUUUUUUACAUAAUUAUGAAAGUGAAUUACAAGGACAGCAUGAACAAGAACAAAAGAUGAGUAUAAUAACAUUUCCAUGCCAUAAUAAUCAAUCAUCAUCAUCUUCUCAACUGUCAACAUUUUUACCUUCUUGGUGUGAUACAUCGACUGAGGUGAAUGAUUUACGUUUCCCUAAGGCACAGAUUGUAACAGUAUUAAGUUAUACAAAAACAAAUAAUUGUUAUGAAUUGAAUAAUACAAUUGACAGUUCACUACAAUUCAGUGGCGUUAAAUGUGCACAAGAUCAAUUGCAUAACUAUAAAGGAAUGUGUAUAUAUGUUGAACAAUGUUAUGUAUGUUGUUGGCUUGGUCCAAUGUUAAAUUUUACUGAUUUUGUCGGAGAUUUAAGUAUUCUAUCAAAACGAUAUAUAUGGUCACGUGUAAAAUUAUGGAGUCAAUUAGUCCCUGAGUUGUGCGGUUUUGUAUGGGAAGUACCAUGUGGUGAUGUCUACGAUAUUGAUUCAUUGGAUAUGGAUUGUUUAAAAGGGAUUUCAUUAGCUAAACAAUUGAUACAAUUGAAUAUCACUGAUGAUACAAUCCAGGAAGGAUGGAAUAUUAAUUAUUUGGAUAGAAAAAAUAUUGAAAUUUUGAGUGGAAAAUUAUCAAAAGACUUUAUGUAA